UUUAAGGCAGGUACACCUGAAAGUGUGUAAAGUAACAAAAAUAGUAUGCAGUAUUCUUGGAGUACAAAUAGCUUGGGACAUAGGAGUAAAUAUGAUAGUCCUCACUGGGUAUCUUUAUAAUUUGUAUAUUCACUACAUUAUGAGCAAAUGCGAAGUAAAAUAUUGGGCAAGGCCAACGGUUGCGACGUUGUCAUUGUGUUCUUGGCACAUUAUAAAAAUCUUUAUUUUAAAUCUCGUUUGCAAGAAUGCAGCUGAUGAGGGAAACAGAACCGCUGAAAUACUUCAUUCGAUUUAUGGUUGCAAUACAGAUAUUGAUAUAAAGGAAGAAAUUCAACAGUUUGGCCUUCAAAUUUUGCAAAGCCCCGUGACAUUUUCUGCGUUUAGUCUUACUUUGGACAAUCGUGUCGUAAGCAUGAUUUUGAAAAUCUUGACGACCUACAUGGUUAUCUUGAUACAAAUGGGCAAUGAAUUGGAAUCGAAUAAUGAUAUACAUUAUUCACAAUUUUAAAUAAUGGUAGAUAUUAAAUAAUUCAUUCAUCCCAAUGGCGCUACUGCCCAGAUUCAGUCUUCACCUCCUCAAACUUCUCAUCCUCUAGAUAUCCCCUUUAUAUAUGUUAACAUCCUCCAGUUCACAUGAAGUAUAUUCCUGGUAUCUCUGUCAAUAUUAUUUUCCUACCGUGUGAUCUUGACUUCUCCGCAGGUUUUCCACCUCCUGGAAGAUUUCCACAAAACUUUUAGGAAAUUCUUCUUUCUUUGCUGCAUAAGUCCCACCCCAUUAACCUUCUGUCACUUUGUACUUAACUAAGCUGAAUAGAUUUCUACAUUUAGGCAAAGGUUAACACUUUUCAGGCAACGUUAUUCUUUAUUAUUCGAGUUCGUAUUUUAUGAAAUACGUGAACAAUAGGAAGUAUAAAUCGGACGAAUGACAAUAUGAGUAAAUAAUCAAACGGUAAACUUUAUUUUGAUGUAUAUUCAUUUCGAAAACAAGCCAGAUGAAACGAAUACAAUUACUUGAUUAUUAGCUUUGAUUGUAUUGCAUAUUCGAUAAGAAAUAAAUUAUAAUUCUUACGCAAAAAC